AUGUGCAAGUUCUAUAAUUUAAACGUGCCUGAGCGACGGUCUGGGUCAGGUGAGGGUGGUGCACAUAAUCACGGAGGCAACAGUGAUGACGAAGAGCGUAAUCCAGACGGGGUUGUGCAGCCAUACGUGCCGCCGCACGAGCACAAAUUGGAGUAUAGCUACUGGAUGUGGUUUUCACGGCGACCGCCUGCUCGUGAACUCUCUGCUACGACCACUGGCUAUGGCCAGGCGUUACGUCUGGUGGGUCGCGUGGCGAGCGUGGAACAGUGGUGGGGGCUGUACACGCAUUUGGCGCGGCCCGCUGAACUGCCGCCACUCUCCGACCUUCACCUUUUCAAGCUAGGAAUUAAGCCCAUGUGGGAAGACCCUGCCAAUGUUAAUGGUGGAAAGUGGGUAGUUCGGUUGCGUAAGUCUCAAACGGGCCGCGCAUGGGAGGACCUCUGCAUGGCGAUGCUGGGAGAACAGUUCAUGGUUGGACCCGAGCUGUGUGGUGUCGUGCUCUCCGUGCGCUUCCAGGAGGACCAUUUAGCUGUAUGGCACAAAACGGCAUCGGAUACAGCGGCAGCUGCAAGAGUGAGGGACGCCUUAAGAAGAAUCCUCCAGCUUCCAGCUUCAGUGCCUAUCGAGUACAAGGCCCAUGGAGACUGUCUCCGUGCUUCGACUCGCCAGACUGACGAAGAGGCAACACACUCGUAG